AUGAACAUGGAAUUAAGCCAUGACAAUGUGUUGCAGACUUUGACAUAUGCAAGUGGAUCAGAAAGAAGUUUAGACCAGAAACGGGCUGAGGCUCAGCUAAAGCAGUGGGAAGUUGUGCCCGGGUACCAUAGCCACCUCCAGGCAAUCUACAACGACCUCAAUAACCCCGUGCAGAUCCGCUGGCUCGCAAUUAUUUGCCUCAAAAACGGCAUCGACAAGUACUGGCGACUGUCCCGGCAGCAUGCCAUUGGCAAAGAGGAGAAAAAACGCAUCAUCCAAAACAGCAUGAUGUUGUUGAACGAGUCGAAUAAUCAGCUCAUGACCCAGAACGCAAACGCAGUGGCCAAGAUUGCCCGAAGCGAGUUCCCCAGCGAGUGGCCCACGCUUUUCGACGACAUCAUGCACCGGCUCGAGGACUCUGUCUUUCGAGAAAACGACCUCAUCACCACCAACAAUAUCUUAAUCAUCCUCAAUCGCAUCAUCAAAAGCAUAUCCUCGGUUCGAAUAGGUCGGUCGCGCAACGCCAUGCACAGCAAGUCGCCCACGAUUGUCAAUGUCUUGGUUAAAUUGUACCUCCGGUUUUUCAACGCGUGGACGAGCAACUCCAACUUGACCUUGAUGCAAGUGUGCUACUUGUGUUUAAAGAACUUGAGACGAAUUAUCCCUGAAGCUUACGACCAGCCGCACAAGAGUCCCGAAGUGUGCGAAUUUUUGGGUUCCAGUAUCAAGCAUUUGCAACUACUCGUGAUGGAAAAUGAAAAGUACUCUUCCGAUGUGUUGGAGAGGUAUGUUCGAUGCUACGGGAAAAUGUACGUGGCAAUGAUAGAUAGCAACCCCACCAGCUUUGUCUUGCUCCCUUGCUCGGAGGAUAUCAUAGACUCGUAUUUGAACAUUUUGAAGCAAAAAGCGGCCAAGAUUUAUGAAUCAACUGACGAAAACGACUUUUGGGAGCUGUUGGCCUUGAAAGGGUUGAGAAUACUAAAGCUUCUCACUUCUUUUAUCGCUAAAAAAGGAACGCUUUCACUCAAGCAAAAGAACGACAAAGUUGAAGUUCAAAAGGCUCUCGAGCAGCUCAACUCCAGGUUUUACGACGCAAACAAUUUACAACACUUGUGCGACUUGAUCAUCAACUGGUAUAUUCGUCUCAAGGCGCUGGACUUGGAAAGCUGGCUUUUAGAGCCAGAAGAGUGGUGCAAUGAAGAAGCGUCCAAGAGCUGGGAAUACCAAGUGCGCCCCUGCGCCGAGAAUUUCUUCCAGGACCUAGCCAAGUACUUCCCCGAGCAGCUCAUGGGUUUUAUAUUGAACAAGUUGAGCAACGGCAUGAUGGUCGAGUCUGUCGACGAUGUCUUGACCCAGGAUGCCAUCUGGUGCACCUUCCAGUUGUCCUCCUAUUCCAUCGCCAACGAUGUAGAUUUCGAUGCCUUGCUCCAAACGGUGUUUAUUCCGCAAUGCAUGCAGUCAAACUCAAAAGAGAUGCGAAUUUUGCGGAGACGAUUAUGCUUGAUCAUCAAGGAAUGGGUUGGUGUAAAGUGUUCCCUGGAACUGCGGGACUCGAUCUACAAGGUGCUACUAUUCUUUUUGUGCGACGAAGGCAUGGACGUGGUGGUGAAGCUAGCCUCAAUCCAGACUUUGAAAGCCAUGAUUGAUGAUUGGGACUUCUCCAAAACGCAAUUCCAGCCGUAUUUGAAUGAUUUUGUUAGAAUCUUGUUGGCGCAUUUCCAAAAACUAGAGCAAGUGGAGUCGAAGCUAUUCAUGUUGAACACGUUGAAUGUUCUCUUGGAGAAGAACAACCCGUUGGUUGACUAUCAAUUAUUGAAAAACAUCUUGGAUGCAACCCCGACGUUUUGGGAGACCGUGAGCGAGCCCAUCGUCAAGUCCUCAAUAUUGCGAGUCCUCAAGAGCUUGAUUGUGUCGUUGAAUGAGAACUCGGUUGAAGCGCACCCGAUUACGAUGCCGUUGAUUCGCAUCUGUUGCACGCCAGAUACCGACGCUUACGCUUUGGUUUCCGAAGAUGGGUAUGAAUUGUGGGGUGCUGUGCUCAAAUAUUGCCCCUUGGGUGACCAAAACAUGGAGUUGAUUGAUCUCUUUAGUUUGAUAACGUUUGGCCUACGCAACUCAACGGAGAUUUUGCCGCUCAUCCUUUCCAACUUGAGAAGCUAUGCCUUGUAUGCUCCUGAACUAUUUGCACAACCAGCUGCCGUUGAGCCGUUUACCAUCCUUGCCGAGUACUUGCCCCAGAUGCGCGACGACUCGUUUGCCGUGUUCAUCUCCCUCAUGGAGAUCUUACUCAUGAAUCCAACUGCCGAGUUGGUUGACAAGCUUGACCAGAGCGGAUUAUUGAAAAGCAUGGCUAAUUACACCCUCGACGAGAACCACAGCGCUAUCCUUGCAUCCAAGAUGUUUGUCCUUUUCGGGAUGUUUGCCAUGAGCCCCGUCCCCGUCUACAAUUUGGACACAAUGCUCCCCAAAUGGCUCGAGAGCUUAAGCCACAUUGGCAAUCCGAGAAACAAAAAACUCGUUGUCAUGGGAGUCGUGGCGUACAUGUUGCAGGGCUUAUUGGGGAACGUGGUGGUUGCAUGGGAACUAUUUGCAGAAAUUGUUAAAAAGACGCUUUAUUUCUCAGAGGAAGUAAACGAAGAUUCUCUGGGCAACUGCGAGCUGUACAGCUCAAACCACCUUUACGAAGACAUUGACGAAUACUCAUAUUUGGACCCAACGAUAAACCCACCCGGCGAAAAAUUGAGAUAUCAAAAGUUGCUCGCACAGUACGAUUUCGUUGGUCAAACGAGCAUACUCCAGUUUUUGAAAUCGUUUGUCUUAGAGUUGAGGCUGAACUUGGACGAGGACAGCUUGAAGAAGUUGGUUUCGUCGUUAGAUACAUACUCAUUAGAGAAGUUGAGAGAUGUUGCAAAUAUUUAG